AUGACAUUCACUUUAAUUUUGAUUGUUUACUUUUUCUUUGCAGUUUUGCACGCAGUUAGCUGGGAGGAGUGGUGGACUUAUGAUGGCAUAUCAGGUCCAGCCUUUUGGGGUCUCAUUAAUCCGGAAUGGUCGCUCUGCAAUAAGGGACGCCGUCAGUCACCGGUUAAUCUAGAACCACAGCGAUUGCUUUUUGAUCCGAAUCUGCGUCCGAUGCACAUUGACAAGCACAGGAUUAGCGGUAUCAUAAGCAAUACGGGUCAUAGUGUUAUCUUCACAGCUGGCAAUGAUACUGUGGCCAAUUACGAUGGCAUGCAAACACCCGUAAACAUAUCUGGCGGUCCUUUGUCUUACCGGUAUCGUUUCCAUGAGAUACACAUACACUAUGGACUCAAUGAUCAAUUUGGCUCUGAGCACAGCGUCGAAGGAUACACAUUCCCAGCAGAGAUACAGAUAUUCGGUUAUAAUUCACAAUUGUAUACCAAUUUUACCGAUGCGUUGAAUCGUGCACAAGGUAUUGUUGGUAUCUCAAUUUUGCUACAGUUGGGUGAUCUAUCUAAUCCAGAGCUUCGGAUGCUCACCGACCAGUUGGAUCGUAUACGUUAUGGUGGUGACGAGGCUUUUGUAAAAAGACUUUCAAUACGAGGACUUCUUCCGGAUACAGAUCACUACAUGACGUACGAUGGGUCGACAACGGCCCCUGCCUGCCACGAAACUGUUACUUGGAUGGUUCUCAAUAAACCGAUUUACAUAACAAAGCAACAGUUGCAUGCACUGCGGCGAUUAAUGCAGGGAAGUCCUGACCAUCCAAAAGCGCCGUUGGGUAACAAUUAUCGACCGCCACAGCCGCUUCUGCAUCGACCAAUUCGAACAAACAUUGACUUCAAGACGAAAAGAACAAGCGGCAAGUCCGCCUGUCCCACCAUGCACCACGAGGUCUACUACAAAGCGACCAGUUGGAAACAAAACUAGAGGUCUAUGCCACAACGUGCAAUUUAAAUCGUGAGACGUUUGUAGCGUGCGGCGUGAAACAGGAGCUUCCACUAACCAUAUAUACAGUUAUAUUGAAGAGAGAUGAUCUGUGACAGAAAUAGCAGAAGAAAGACCGAAAUAAAUUUAAAAAGUGGCGUAGCAUUGCGAAAUAGCAAUUAGAAUAUAUAUUCAUACACCCAAACAUAUGAUAAAAAAUUCUAUACUACUAAUAAAUUAGUAUUUAGUGUGAA